CCUCGGAGACCUCACAACUGUUGUUGCAGCCAAUUCGAGUGGUUCAGUUCUCGAGAUAUCGUUCCGUGAAAAGCUCUAGUAACUUUUCUUCUUUUUAAUCUUUCUUUUUUUUAAUCGACCAAAAAUGACUGGUCGCGGUAAGGGAGGAAAAGGAUUGGGAAAGGGAGGUGCCAAGCGGCACAGGAAGGUUCUUCGUGAUAAUAUUCAAGGAAUUACUAAACCCGCAAUUCGUCGUUUGGCUCGUCGUGGUGGUGUCAAACGUAUAUCCGGAUUGAUUUACGAAGAGACUCGUGGCGUUUUGAAAGUCUUCCUUGAAAACGUCAUCCGCGAUGCAGUAACUUAUACUGAACAUGCUAAAAGAAAGACUGUCACGGCUAUGGACGUCGUUUAUGCAUUGAAACGACAAGGACGUACACUUUAUGGUUUUGGUGGUUAAAUUUUUCAAUCGUUCAAAAAAGAAAAAAGA